GCAUCUACAGCUCACAUCCCACAUUAUUCCCAUACACAAGAGGCGGCUUUACUCAUUGGAAAAACUGGUUUGAGGGCUGUAUGACGAGGUCAAGCGAUGUGUGCCCAGCCCUUGGGAUAUGACAGCCCAGCCAGGAUGUGUACAAGCCGUGUGGAGUGAUGACAAGGGAGGGGCUUCUAACACAUUACCUGCAUAGGUGUGGAAGUUCGAGUCAGACCAGCUUACACAGCAGCCAGGCCGCCCAUUAAACAAGACAGAAAAAACCGUGACAGACGCCUGAGAACGUGAUGGAGGCUGCUGGGCUAAUGUGACUAGCUGUACGCUAGAGAACUCCUUCACCUUGUGUGCUCUACCUACAGUCUCAAGUAAUGGAUGACCAAAAACGGAGGACUCUGGUUCUGCAAGGUGACAAGAGCACCUGGAUUACUCCAUCAUGUCUUAACGAGCUCCUUCAGCUGAAAUCCUGCUACCCCUUGGCUCCUCUGGUAGUGGGGAACACAUUUAUUGGUCCUCCAGUUAAUUUAGUUGGAUCAUAUUAUCCAGUUAUAAUAUCUCCAGCAAGAGUCCCCGAGCUGAGCAUUGUGAAUUUUGCAGAGAAAGGUAUCACCAUCGGAGCAGCAUGCAGUCUGGCAAUGGUUCGAUCUAUUUUGUCUGAGGCUGUAUCUCAGUUACCACAGGAAAAAAGCAAGAUCUUCCGGGUCAUGCUCCAGCAGCUGUCAGCAAAGCACAUAAGAUGUGAAGCAUCCCUUGGGGGAAGCAUUUUAAGUGAAAGUUCUUCUUGGGAGCUGAACCCUAUCCUGGCUAUUGGAAACUGCACCUUUAAUCUUGCAUCAAAAGACAAGAGACGUCAAGUAACCUUAAAACAGUUGUUGUUUGAUGAGUCAGCAGCUUUGAGGGCAGAAGAGAUUCUUAUUUCAAUUAAUAUCCCCUUCUCUAAAAAGGGUGAAUUUGUUUCAGCAUUCAGGCAGCUGCAGAAGUGGGGAAGUACAGCUCCAGUUGACAUUGCUGCCAUGAAGGUCAAUUUGAAAGAAGGAACAGACUUAAUUAUAUCCAUAAAUAUUUAUUAUGGAGGAUCAGAAUCAGCCUGUAUUUUUGCAAAAUGUGUCAGUGAACACCUUGUUGGUAGGCACUGGAACGAGACAAUGCUUGAUGAUGCCUGUAAAUUAUUCCUGGAAGAGGUCCCAGUGAAAGAAUCAGCUUUAAUUGGGAUGAUGGAGAAUGAGAAAAUCCUGACUAUCAGCUUUUUCUUCAAGUUCUACCUUGAAGUGUCCAAGGAACUGAAGAAGACAAUGCACUUUCUACACAACGAUGUCCACGACAUUCACUAUGCCAGGUAUUCCUCAAACAGCAAGAAUUCAUUAAAUGGCUUUCAGCGGAGAACUACAAAUGGAUUCCAUGCUGAUCAUAGUGAAGAGUUUAGUAAUCUACACAAGGAUGAAUAUGAGCAGUCAGGAGCUUGUAAGACUCAUGUCCUACAAACGAUAGUAGAAGAAGAGUUUGAUGAUGAAGAAGACACAUCUGCUGUGGAGGGAGAACUUUUUCUAGCAUUAGUGACCAGCAACAGACAUCACGCUAAGAUCCUAUCCAUACAUAAAGAAGAUGCACUGAAAGUACCUGGAGUGAUUGAUAUAAUAACCUUGGCAGAUGUCCCGGGAAUAAACAACUCUGAUUUGUUUGCAGAACAUGAGGUAAAAUACAUUGGACAAGCUAUAUGUGCUGUAGUAGCAAAAACGCAGAACCACGCCAACCAGGCAGCAUCACGAGUCAGAGUGCAAUAUGAAGAGCUGGAGCCUGUUGUCCUUUCCAUUCAGGAUUCCAUAAAACACAAUUCAUUUUUUGAGCCAGUGAGAACAGUGGAAUAUGGAAAUAUGGAGGACGCUUUUAAAAGCGUGGAUAAUAUACUAGAAGGUGAGGACUAUAUAGGAGGACUGGACGAUCUUCACCUGGAAGCCCAGACUGUACGUGUCAUACCCAGAGUAGCAGAAAAUGAGCUGGAGGUGUUCAUAUCUACAAAGGAUCCAGCGUCCGUUCAGGCUGCAGUGGCAUCAGCGCUAAACAUGCCCUCUGAUUGCAUCUUGUGCUGCGUGGAGAAAAGUCGGGACUUACAGCACUCUCAUGCUGCAUCUCAGGCCGCUAUUACAGCAGUGGCUGCUCACAAAAUGGGCCAAGCAGUCAGCUCAGUUAUUGAGCGAAGAGUGAAGCUGCCGGCGUUAAGACCUCAGCCUGCAUUCUUUGGCAAAUACAAGGUGGGAUGUAUGAAUGAUGGAAGAAUUAUAGCAUUGGAUGUCACCUACUACUGCAAUGCUGGUCACAGGCCGGAUGAAUCUUUCAAGGUGCUUACUAUGUCCCUACUGAGUGCACAGAAUGCUUACUGCAUCCCCAACACCCGGUGCAAUGUUGCGGCAUGCAGGACAAACUUACCAGCAAAGUUGUUCUGUGCUGGAUAUGGAUUUUCACAGGCAGCUAUGCUCGCAGAGAUUUGGAUCGAUGCAGUGGCCGACAGAUGUGGUGUAUCACCUGAAAAGGUACGGCACCUAAAUCUACACAGAGAAAACAGUGAGACACCCUUUAUGCAGGAAUUUGAUGCAACUAACUUGUUGGGGUGCUGGGAUGAGUGUUUGGUGAAGUCUUCAUACCAUCAAAGGAGGAUUGCAGUAAGGGAGAGCAACAAACAGUGCACCUGGAAGAAGAGAGGCUUCGCUAUCAUCCCUGCCAUGCUUCCUGUUGGAUCUAUUUCAGACUUUAUCAAUCAGGCUUCUGUGCUCGUUCAUGUAAGUAAGGAUGGAUGGGUGCUGGUGACUCCGGCUGGAAAUGACAUAGAUCAAGAGACACUGACAAAACUGAUGCAGGUUGCCAGUCGAGAGUUGCGGGUACCAAUAUCAUAUGUCUUUGUCAGUGAAAUCAGCACAUCGGUUACUUCAGAUGCAUCUAGAAUGCCAUCUUCUGGAUCCACAGUCUACAUAAUGGCAGUACAGGAAGCGUGUCAGAUACUUCUCCAGCGUCUACAACCAAUCAUCAAUCUGAAUCCUGAAGCCACUUGGACAGAAUGUAUACAAGAAGCUUUCCGGCUAAGAAUCUGUCUUUCAGCAGCUGGCCAUUACAGAAUUCCUGAUUCAGUCUCUGACUGGGGGCCAGAAAAGAGUGUGGAAACACCAGACUUUAUAUUUGGAGCAGCAUGCACUGAAGUGGAGUUAGACUGUCGAUCAGGGAAUCAUAAGAAUAUAAGAACAGAUGUUGUAAUUGAUGUUGGCUCCAGUAUCAAUCAGGCUGUGAACAUUGAACAGAUUAAAUAUGCAUUUAUUAAAGGACUUAAACUGUACACAAAUGAUGACAUAAAAUACAAUCUUCAACCAGCCAUGAAUGGUGCCCAUCCCAAUGAAGACGACUCUCCAACCAACAAAAGGGAGCCUGAACAGUUCAAUGUAACUUUGCUUCCAUCAUCUCCAAAUCCAUAUGUGGGAUGUUCUCCUAAGGCAGUGGAAGAGGUGUCAGCCUUUCUGGGUUCUUCUGUGUUUUUUGCCAUUAAGGACGCUGUUUUGGCUGCCAGACAAUGUAUAGGUUUGCCUGGAACUAUCCUACUCCCUGUCCCAGCCCGACCUCAACACAUUCAAAUGGCUUGUGGCAACCACCUGAUAGAUGCAAAACAGACUUCAGAUAAACAAGAAUGGACUGUGGAUGACGACGUAUUUGAAAAUACCAAUAGUAAUGGGAGCUUUUAAGAGAACUCACAAAAAGGCCUAGUUAUGGUAACUAGGUUCAGAGGACUAUAUGCAAACACUACAAUGGGUGGUGGAUUUAUGGACUAACCUUCUGUAGGAAUUUAACAUAUUUCAGCUGCCUAGCAGGUUUUAUCAUGUUUAAAUUAGUUUUUGAAACAAUUUAAGCACAACUUAAAGACGUGAUAUGGACACGUGUGAUAUCAUGUGAAAUGUCUGUCAGGGUGUAAUACUGUUUUUCAUGAGGGGUCUUGUUCACAAUUUGCUAAUUUGUUUUUAUAUACCGUAACCUAGAAAUGAGCGAAGUUUUUAAAAAUUCCAUUAGGAUGCUUCGCUGAACUUCCACAAGAGAUUUGAUUAGUUACAAAUUACUUGUUCACGAAUUGCUUUCCAUUGUAUGGAGCGGGUGCAAUGACUGUGAACGGCGAUCGCACUGCUCUCCAUUAUUUAACCCCUCAGGUGCCGUGUUCAACA